AUGAUAAGUAUUCAUAUUCUGAUCCUUCUUAUAAUUCUGUUUUGGAAUUAUGAUUGUCAUAUUAUUCCCAGGAUUGAAGAAUGUGGACUUUCAUGUUCUCAGGGGAUUCAUUGUAAAAGCAAACCUUCCAGUGGCAUUUUUAACAGUUUCUGCCACAGUGCUCCUGCAUCUUUGUCUUCUAUGGUACUGAAGAGCAUGAAGAUCUCAACAGUUAUUAAAUGUGUCCAAGGAAGCCCAUGCACUCUUCAUUUAAACAUUAAAGGAACUCUGAGUCUGGAUGAAAAUAUUCGUGGGCUGGAAAUAUGUUCUUUUUCACUGGACACACAGCAAUCUCAGUGCACAAAUGUGAGAUUUGCCAGGAAGAAAAGCAAGACACUUAAUGGAAAGAAGGUGCAGGUUCAAUUCAAUUGCUUUGAAGUCAACGUAGCACAACACAUCUAUGUGACCAUGAAAACAGUACCAAAUUACUGUGAAGUUAAGAUGAGUCAGGAAUACUAUGUUGAAGAUUGCAGAAACAGUGAUGUGGGAAAGCACAUUCCAGCUUGUUUGGCUGGAAAGUUAGACUAUAAUGUAGACAGAACAAGAAAAAUCAUAUCAGUGAAUGUAUCCAACUUUCUUCGAGAUCAAGAUUAUUACAUUCGUUUGUGUCACAAAUGGUUUACCUGUGAAGAUGUGGGACAAUUUGCUGUGAUAAGAGGGAAGGAUUCUUUAAAAUCAGUUUCUCUGAAGUACUCUCAGCUACUUCCUUGUCUUUGCAUUGAGGGUUGGCUGGCAAUACCAGAUGCCAGGAGGUUACAACUUUGUCCCUUUGAAAAUGAUACAAUGGCAUUAUGGGAUAAUAUUGUUUAUAAUCCAGUGACUCAAACCCUUGCUUGGGAACCAGCCUGCCCUGUGCUUGUCAUUGUUAACCUGUGCAGAUUAAUGAAGUCUAAUGACCACUGUGAAGAUAUACAAGAUUCUUCCAAACGUUUUCCUGAGAAGCAGGUUAAGUAUUCUCGUGUGGACACUCACCCAAGACUUUGCAUGAAGUUUACAACCAAGCAAGGCUCUUGGGUUAAGUGUCCAUUUGCUCAUGGAGAAUUUCCAGCUUGGAAGAUGAGAACAGCUGCAGUUGCAGAUCGAAUACAAGUUUUCUUCACAUCUCAAACCAAAGCACACUUCUCAGUGCUGGUGUGUAACAGGACACAGCUGGCCUCAUGUGAAUCUGUUGGGAUGCGCCAUUCAGUCUCUGUGGGAGAUUCUGUGUCAAUCACGAUGUCACGGGAAGUGUGCGGGUCAACAAUUUGCAUUCAGGGCUGGAGGACAGAUGUAGAUUAUUCAGUUCCACUGCAGAUCUGUGAUAUCAACUGUGGUUUUCGUGGACAGACAUAUGGUAAUGAAAACCCUGCGAAGGCCAUGACACACAGAAUGAAGAGUGUGCAUUCCUUGCAUUGAAUUUAACAGCAGCACAUCUUCAGCAUCCUCAGAGGCUUAUCAAUAUCCAGUUGUACUUUGGUAUAACUUGCAAACUGGCAUCUCACAUCUUAAUAAAUUCUCCUAAUUCUGUGGGAUUUUUCUCACAGGUGAAGAAUUUAGCAAGUUAGACCUACUUUAAUGUCCAAAAGAAGCUGAAUUAUGAUUCCUCAUUUCACAGUAUUUCAAAACAAAGCACAUCUUAGGUCAUGUAGUUAGAGAAUCAGGUUCACGUUUUCCUUCUAAAUUAAUAUUUUAUACAUAAUGUGCUUUAAAUGAAU